AUGUUUGUGGGACUGGAGUUGGCUGAAGGAGAGGGACACACACACACACACACACACAGGGAGGAGAAGGUCUCAGACUGGGAAAUAGAGGAAAGGAAUGGUGGGAUGGGUUUGAAUUUCAGUCCAGGCAGGAAGGAAGGGGGAUUGUGUGGGACCUGGGUCUGCAACCCUGGAGGAACAAGAAGGUAAAAAGAAAUGUCCUCCAGAAAGUGUCCAUUUGGGACUGGUAUUGGUGAACCCCCCCUGUACAGUGUGUUAGAGGAGAGGAUUUAAAAGGUGCAUGAGUCCAAGCCAAACCAUCCACCAGGAUCUGGUUGAGGUUAAUUGGGAUCUGAGUGCCCCAGAGUCUGAAUGUGGAGGGAGAGACGUCUGUACUAACUGUGGGGGAACCAGAAAAGCACUGCGGAUACGCAGCCGAGUAGGUAAAGCUUCUACCCGGUUCCGCGCCUGGGUUUGCAGCGAUGAGGGAGUGUCCGCGUGCACUGUGCGUGGGCAACUGAUUGUCCAGCUGGGAGAGCAGGAUGGAGAAACCGUGGAAAUGUGGAGACUGUGGGAAGGGCUUCAGUUACCCCUCUCAGCUGGAUAUUCAUCGUCGCAGGCACACUGGGGAGAGGCCAUUCACGUGCACGCAGUGUGGGAAGAGGUUUGCUUAUUCGUCCAGCCUGUACUUGCACCAGAGGGUACACGCUCGCAAGAAGCCCUUUGCCAACCUUGGUGGUCCGGAGCAGUUUGCUUCGUCAAACCCGAUGGGCCGGGUUUGUCCUGAUCAGAGGCCUUUUAAAUGUGCCGACUGUGAGAAGAGCUUUAAAAGCAACCAGGAGCUGCUGAGACACCAGCGCACUCACACGGGCGUGAGACCUUACACCUGCUCCAUUUGUGGAAAAGGAUUUGCUCAGUCAUCCUACCUGCUGACGCACCAGCUUGUUCACACUGAUGAGAGACCUUUCUCAUGUUUGGACUGCGGCAAGUCUUUUAAAAGUAAAAAUGACUUGCAGUUCCAUCAACGGAUUCACACUGGGGAGAGGCCGUUCUCCUGCUCCCUGUGCGAGCGGCGAUUCCGGCGUUUAUCCCAAAUGCAGACACACCAGCGCGUUCACACUGAGAAAAGACCUUUCAACUGUUCGAACUGUGACAAGAGCUUUAAAAGCAAGCAGGACCUGUUGACACACCAGCGGGUUCACACUGGGGAGAGGCCAUUCACCUGUUCUGUGUGCGGGAAGCGGUUCACCCGAUCGUCCAAUCGUCUGAGACACCAGCGCGUCCACACGGGGGAGAAGCCAUUCACGUGCUGCGUGUGCGGGAAGGGGUUCACUGACUCCCCGCAGCUUCUGAUCCACCAGCGCAUUCACACCGGGGAGAGACCGUUCACCUGCUCUACGUGUGGGAAGGGGUUCACUCAGCCGUCCCAGCUCACCGAACAUCAGCACGUCCACACUGACCAGCGGCCCUUCAAAUGCCCCGACUGCAAGAAAAGCUUUAAGAGCAGGAAGUAUCUGCUGAUGCACCGGCAGGUCCACACCGGGGCGAGGCCGUUUACCUGCCUGGUGUGUGGGAAGAGAUUCACUCAGUCGUCCCACCUGCUGAGACACCAGCAGCUUCACACCGGGGAGAGACCGUUCGCUUGCUCUCGAUGCGGGAGGGGAUUUGCUCGGUUAUCCAACUUGCUGAGACACCAGCGAGUUCACAAGUGUGCACUGAGCGUGGAUUCUGUUGUCAGACCUGUCCAGGACUGACCAUGUCCAUUUGGACUGUCGAGCCUGCCUUUAACUGCUCCUUGGUUCAAACCUGGACAAAAAAAAACAUGAACGCCAGAGGUGAGGUGAGGGUGAAUCAGGAGACCAACUCUCCUCUGAUUAGCGGUAUCUUUAACGCAAAGGAAGAUGGCGGUGAUUGUUAAGAGGUCAGUCAUCUCAGCUCCAAGGGCCUCGCUGGCUGGUGUUCCUCAGAGUUGUGUCCAAUGCCCAACCAUCUUCAGCUGCUUCAUCAAAUUACCUUCCUUCCAUCGGGAGGUCAGAAGUGGGGGAUGUUCACCGAUAGUUGCACCAUGUCCAGCACCGUUCACCACUCCUCCGAUACUGAAGCAGGCUGUGCGCAAAUGUAACAGGAU